AACUUCUUCGAUUAGAUCCAAAUUUACACACUAUUUAACUAUUUAGAAUCUCAUCCUCAUGAACCAUAGCUAAACAAAACCCUCCAAAACUCCCUAUAAAACAAUGCUCACAUGUCUUAUUGAAUGAAGAUUUAAUAACUCCAAUAAUGUGUGAUGUAUACUUGGAAUUAAAUUUGGAUUACACAUUUUCUUUUUCUUUUUUUGUCAUAUUUUUCUCCGUCUGAAUGCUUUGAUUCAUACCAUUACUGUAACUCCUAUAUAUGUUUCCGAAGAUCAUAGUAUGAGUAUUGCAAAUUGGCUACCCACAAAAAAACAAUGGCAGGCCUCAAAGAUUACUACAAUUCCUACCUCUGUGUUUUUGUCAUAUUGACUAUCAGUUGUGCCAUGGCCUCAACCUCACCAUCUCUGGCAGUCAAAGGGGGCUACUGGCCUUCAUGGGCCUCGGAUUUUCCUCCAUCCGCCAUCGAUACUACACUGUUCACCCACAUCUACUAUGCUUUUCUUUCACCUAACAAUGCCACUUUCAAGUUUGAUAUCUCAGACUCAACAGCUUCAAUGCUCUUGAAUUUCACGUCUACGCUCCACGCAAAGAAUCCACCGGUGAAGACAAUUUUUUCAGUCGGUGGAGGUGGCGAAGGCCCGGUUAUCUUUUCCAACAUGGCAUCAACUGGUCACUCAAGGAGGAGUUUCAUUGAGUCAUCCAUUGAAGUAGCAAGAAACACUACAGGAAAAAUGGGUUUAAGUGGCUUUUUUUUAACGACGUUUUUUGAAAUGUCACUUUUAUUAAUAUUUAACGACGUUUUUUAAAAACGUCGCAUAUUUUUUUAAUCAAACGACCCCGUUUUAGAAUAGGAGGCGUUAGCGUUGUGCGCAUAUUUUGUAUCUGAGAAUGCUGCUUAAAGCUUUGUAAACCCUUAUUUUGAAUCCUCACACCUUCACAAACCUCACGCGUCUCUCUUGCUCACCCCCAAAACCCUUGAAAGCGAUUUCGAUUCAGAGCGAUUUUCUUUGAGAUUCAUACAGAUUCGUCAGAGCGAUUUCGAUUUGAAGGUCUGAAGCUUCACUCUGUCACUCUGUCUCUCUCACGUUCUCUCUCUCUCUCUCUCUCUCUCGAUUCAUCCUUUGUUCUCUGAAAUAUCGAUCUGAAGCUCUGAAGCUCUGGGUGAUUGCGAAGAGAGAAGAGGGGUUGGUUUCGAUGGCAGAUGAAGUGAUCUCAGGAGAGGCUGUGUUUGAUUUCUCAGAUCGGUCUUAGAGCGAUUUCGAUUUUGAGAUUCAUCUCAAAGUGAUUUCAAUCUUGAAGUUCUCUCUCUCGAUUUCAAAGCUUCAUCGCAAGAUAUAUGUUCCAACAAAUCCUCGUGGUGCAGAGUCCUUACCUCUAGCAAUUGUAGUCUCUCAGUCCACUUUUUAUUUGCGAAGGCUAUGGGGUGAACCCAGUGAGGUAUGUUGUUCAACACAAGUAACUGUGUUAUGGUGCUGGACUUUGCAAUUAUUUACCUAUUUUAGAUGGUGGAAUUGGUUUUAAUCAUUGUAAAGUUUUUAAUUUCUUGUUAACUCUCCAACUCAACUAUGACCAUAUAUGAUUUCGGAAGUCCUAAUAGAGUAGACAUUGUUGUUUAGCGAGUAAAUAUCAAAAAAUAAAAAAUAAAUGAAAAUUCAUCACAUAUCUAAGACCAUGGCAUAUUCUACUUAAUAAUUCUUUAACUAAAGUUUUCUUAUCUUUGAAAUGUUCUUGUCAAAGGCUUAAUGGAUAUUACUCUUAUCAUCGUUUUUUGAAAUUGUGUGAAACCUGUUUGCAAAACUGUACUUUUCAGGUUUUGGUUAUUUUUUAAUGUGUGAUGCUUAGAUUUGUUAAGAUUGGUACGGUGGGGUUGGCUGCUUGUAGAUUUAAUUGGCUUAUCAUUGCUGGUGACAAGAGAGUGAGAAACCCUCAUAUCAUAAAAUACUAAAAAUUGAAAUAAGUGCAAAAAGAAACCAUCUCAUACUAUGACAUUUCCAUUGAUUUGGCAUGUGUGUAACUACUCUCAUAACUCCAAUCAUCUUAUGGAGAACGUUCUGUAACUUUCAUGAUUUAACAAUGAAGCCGAAAUACUUGGUAACAUUCACAGUUGGUUUGGAUCAGAGGAACAACAUUGAUGCAGCAGUUAAAAAGGUUACACAAAUGGACUAUUCCAUUAUAUGUAUUAUUUUUAUGAUGUUACAAGUAGAGGUUUGUAAUCUUAUUUUAUUUUUUGAUAGUUUUCUGAGGAUUUUCAAAUUAUGCUUUUUCAUUAUGAUGGCUGGACAAGUGAAUGGCAUCAAUUUGAGUGGUCAAAGAGGGCCAUCCAUGUCAGUUUGUGUUUCUGCUGAGUGGAAAAAAUUCAUCAAAAACAAGAGGAUGGGAGUUAUUAAGGAGUUGGUGGAAAAAAUUCAUCAGAUUGAGGAGUUGCCACUGCAAGAAUUUCAUGGCCACACUAGUGAUGUCUUGGAUCUGGCCUGGUCCAAAUCUAAUUGUCUUCUUUCAUCAUCGAAGGAUAAACUGUUCGUCUAUGGCAAGUGGGCUGCAAUGAAUGUAUUAGUGUUUUCCAACACAAUGACUAUGGAGAGCUUAGGCAGCAUUAGUUUUACAAAGACUUUUAAUGGCUCCGGCAUUAAGAUAAGCUUAGGCAUCAUUAGUUUUACAAAUCAAGAUAAGUUUCUUCAAUUUGAUUUUAUUUUAGUCUCAUGUUUAUUUUUAUUUUUUUGCCCUUUUUUGAUUUAACUGCUGUACGUUGUGAUGGGUUUGGUGUGAUUUUGAUUUAACUUU